CCUCGUGGCCGCGGCUUCGAGGCCCAGCACGGGGCUGCCCUCCCCCCACCCGCGUCCACCGGAACCGGCGCGCGCGCCCACCGCAGCUCCGCCCGACGCCAGGCCAGAGGCGCCGCCUGGAGGGAAAAUCCCGCAGGUGCCGGAGGCGGGCUCGGUCCAGGCCCCGUGGUCCUGGAGGAGGCGAGGCGCUGGGCCGCCGGGGGCAGGUGCGAUGGACGACGCGCCAAGUGGCUCCAGCGGUGAGACAGGGGCCACCGCAACGCCUCCGGGAUCUUCAUUGGCAACCGCCGAGGUCGCCGCAGAGUCAUUGGGCCCCAAGAGCCAGUGCGUGUUCUGCCGGAUUGUGAGCCAGCAGGAGCCGGGCACCGAAUUCCUGUAUUGUGAGAAUGAAGACCUGGUGUGCUUUAAAGAUAUCCAACCAGCAGCAACUCAUCAUUACCUGGUGGUGCCAAAGCGGCACGUUGGGAACUGCACAGAUCUAAGGAAAGAGCAAAUAGGACUUGUUGAGAGCAUGGUUACCGCUGGAAAAACCAUUCUGGAAAGGAAUAAUUUCACUGACUUCGAACAUGUGAGGAUGGGUUUCCAUGUGCCACCGUUCUGCACCAUUUCCCACUUGCACCUUCACGUCAUAGCACCCGUCUAUGAGUUUGACUUCUUAUCAAAAUUGAUUUAUAGACCGAAUUCCGAUUGGUUCAUCACAGCUGACUAUUUGAUUAAAACACUAAGAAAACGAAAAUGACAGCAGUGGAAGAUUUUCUUAUUCUCGGCUCAACAGAAACGAAUAUGUUGGUCCCUUUUAAAUCAAAUAACCAUGGUAAGGUUUGUUGGGUUUCAUAAGA